AAAAUUUGGGCCUUGGUGAGUCAUUUGACCCACCAGGCACAAGGCCAAGUCCGCCAAUGACCACAGUUUAUUACCAUCUACCAAACGUUAUUAAUUCCAUCAACUAAGUUGUUCCUGUUCCUGUUUGGCUGCUACAGUCACUGAGAAAUAAUAGUAUAAUUUUAGUUGGUAUUAGGCCCCUAUCUGGCAACAAAUUACUGCAACAUCAACACUAUAUGUAUCCUUCACUAUUGCUACAUUGCAUAUAGGAAAAAAAAAAUGAAGUCAAAAUUGAAAAUAGAAACAAAAUGCAAACAAGAAAAUGAUGCAGCUGAACCUGUAUCUCCUACAGGACAAUACUUAAACAGCAAAUCCUUAAACUCUUGUAUUCUAGCCAUCUUAGAAUCUGAUAUUCCCAUAGAUGAAUCUUGUGCAUUGCCACAACUUCGAGACGUAUUUCUUCCCAUUAAUCCCAGGUUUUCAUCUAUUAUGAUAGAUGACAAGAAGGGUGUAAGACAGUGGAAAAAAGUGGAAGUGAACCUUCAAGAUCACGUUUACGUUCCUAGAUUCCCGGAGGGCUUAUCAAGUGAAUCUUACGACGAUUAUUUUGACGAAUAUCUAACAAAAAUCAGUGUGGAACCACUGCCACAAGAUAAGCCUAUAUGGGAACUUCACAUAAUCAACUGCCCAACAAGCAAAGCUGCAGGGCACAUAAUCUUCAAGCUUCACCAUGCACUUGGUGACGGCUACUCUCUGAUGGGAGCACUUCUUUCCUGCGUAAAAAGAGCAGAUAAUCCUUCCCUUCCGUUAACGUUUCCUUCAACUCGAGCAAGGUCAGAAGUUAAGAACACUAAUAGCAAGGGUUGUAUGACAAAGGUGCCAAGAGCUUUAUCUGCAAUCUUCAAAGGAGCUUCUGAUUUUGGAUACAGUUUUCUGAAAAGCACUUGCAUUGCAGAUGAUCAGACACCAAUCAGGUGCGAAAGCAAAAGUCCGGGUUCCAUUCCACUCAAAGUCUCUACUGUUGCAUUUUCCCUCAACCAAAUCAAACUAAUCAAAAAAAAACUAGGUGCGACAGUAAAUGACACUAUUUCAGGCUUAAUUUUCCUGGGGACUCGACUCUACAUGCAAGAAACUCAAACAAAAUUCUCCAAUUCACGGUCUACAGCAAUGAUGAUGCUCAACACUAGGAUUACGAGAGACUACAUGUCCGUUGAAGAAAUGACUAAUGCACAUACAAAAAUAUGGGGAAACAAGUUUUCAUUUUUGCAUAUAGCACUUCCUAGAUCAAACAACACUAAAUGCUCCAACCCCCUUGAUUUCAUCUAUAAAACACGAAAACAGAUCAGUAGGUACAGAAAUUCACCAGCAAUCUAUCUCACUGCUCAGUGCUUGGAGAUUAUAAGGAAGUACAAAGGAUCUGAGGCAGUGGCGAAAUACAUCCAUAGUACAUUGAGUAAAUCAAGCAUGUCAAUGACAAACAUGAUUGGUCCAGUUGAGCAAGUAACAUUAGCUGGUCAUCCGAUAAAAGGCAUGUACUUCAUGGUUACUGGCAGUCCUCAGAGCCUGGUAAUAACAGUUAUGAGUUACACCCAAACUUUGAGGAUUGGAGUUGGAGCUGAAAAGGGCUUCAUAGACUCACAGAGGUUGAAUUCAUGCAUCAAGAAUGCUUUCGAGUUGAUCUAUGAGGCAGCAACAAAGAGCGAAUAAGGACAUCUAAUACAAUAUAUAUUUAUGUAAGCUAAGAGCUUAUCCUAUAUUAAAAUUUGUGAGGGAUUCAGAAUGUUUGCAUAACUUGCAUACUCUAUGGCAACAAUUUAUCUCCUAUGUAUAAAUACUCCUGCAUCAUCAACUAUUAUACAAUUAAGCUUGAACCUAAGACAGCUACAAUCUAUCACAGCUAUGUGCGUAAGAACCAAGAAGAACACUCCCGGGGCAUAAGAACCAUCACUACCGUCUGAAAAAGAACAAGGUCUAACUUUUUUUUUUUUUUUUUAGACCAGAAGAUUUUAUUACUCUGGCUCAACUUUAAGGCAAUAACUAUGUUAAUUGAGCAUGUUUAAUGUGAACUGCUCUUAUAGUUAGGCCUAAGUAUAAGAUCACAAGAUGAUUUGAAUACGAUUCUAUGCUCGUUUCUUGGAUUACGAAGCAAUCGGUAUGGUAUGCAUGUGACUGCUUAUACAUAUAAGUUACCUUAAGCGUUAAGCCUUCUUGGAAUUGAUGAAAUUUCCUUUCUUAAAUAGUUAAACAAAAGAAAAUAUUUCCUUUCUUAUUUACAUUAACAUACGUUUAUGAAAUUUUUUAAUUCAUAUGUGUGGGCUUGCGACCAAGCAUC